GAAUUAAUUUUAGCAGUUAUCGUAAUUGAUCUUUUAUUACAUUCUCUACUUCCACCCUAUGUUUUACUGUUGUUACACGAAUUAUUUUUUUUUCUUUCUCAUCAUCAUUGCCUGAUAUAAAAUCAGCGGGGAGUAAUGACAGCGUAUAUUAAUUUCCAACAGUGAUUCUUCCACUCUCUCAAAUCUGAAUCUGCAGCUGCCUCCUCUGAUCAAAGAUCUAGGCACAUAAUGGCUGUGAAAGGAAACCCGGGGGAUAACAGAACACGAAGCUCUGUAUCAAUUAUCAUCGUGGUCGGUUUGUGUUGCUUUUUCUAUUUACUUGGCGCUUGGCAGAGGAGUGGAUUUGGAAAGGGAGACAGCAUAGCAGUACAGGUCAAUAAGCAAACUGAUUGUACUCUCUUGCCUAAUCUUAACUUUGAGACACACCACAAUAAAGAAAACAUUCCUACUGACCUCUCUGAUUCAAGUGUCCGGACUUUCAAGCCUUGUGAUGACAAAUAUAAUGACUAUACUCCUUGCCAAGAUCAAAGACGGGCAAUGACCUUUCCUAGAGACAACAUGAUCUAUAGAGAGAGGCAUUGUCCUCCAGAUGAAGAAAAAUUAUACUGUCUUAUUCCGGCACCUAAAGGGUGGGUUAAUCCAUUUCCAUGGCCAAAGAGCCGUGAUUUUGUUCCUUUUGCAAAUGCUCCAUAUAAAAGCUUGACGGUUGAAAAGGCUGUUCAAAAUUGGGUUCAAUAUGAAGGAAAUGUGUUCAGGUUUCCUGGUGGAGGAACACAGUUUCCUCAGGGAGCGGAUAAGUAUAUUGAUCAACUGGCAUCUGUCAUCCCAAUUGAUAAUGGCACAGUUAGGACUGCACUCGAUACCGGUUGUGGGGUUGCUAGUUUGGGUGCAUAUCUAUUGAAAAAGAAUGUGAUAGCGAUGUCAUUUGCUCCAAAGGACAAUCAUGAGGCGCAGGUGCAGUUUGCGCUGGAAAGAGGCGUCCCUGCUGUUAUUGGAGUUCUUGGAUCCAUACAGCUUCCAUAUCCGUCUAGGGCUUUUGAUAUGGCUCACUGUUCAAGGUGCUUGAUUCCAUGGGGAGCAAACGAAGGAAAGUACUUGAUGGAGGUUGAUCGGGUCCUCAGGCCUGGUGGUUUUUGGGUACUUUCUGGUCCCCCAAUUAACUGGAAGAAUAACUACCAGGCAUGGCAACGUACGAAGGAGGACCUUGAGGAAGAACAGAAGAAGAUAGAAGAAGUAGCAGAACUUCUUUGCUGGGAGAAGUUCUCUGAGAAGGGUGAAAUUGCUGUCUGGAGAAAGAGAAUCAAUGCUGAUUCCUGUCCCGGGAGGCAAGAUGAGCCCCGCGUUAAAAUUUGUGAAUCGGGAAAUGCUGAUGAUGUGUGGUACAAGAAGAUGGAAGCAUGUGUAACUCCUUAUCCUGAGGUUAACAAUCCCGAAGAGGUUGCUGGAGGAGCUAUAAAAACAUUUCCUGAGAGGUUAAAUGAUGUUCCUCCAAGAAUAUCUUCUGACUCUGUACCUGGCUUUUCGGUGGAAAAAUAUCAUGAGGACAAUAACUUGUGGAAGAAGCAUGUCAAAGCUUACAAAGGUGUCAAUAAGUUACUCGACUCAGGGAGAUAUCGUAAUAUAAUGGAUAUGAAUGCAGGAUUGGGCAGUUUUGCCGCAGCAAUUGAAUCUCCGAAAUUAUGGGUGAUGAACGUUGUGCCUACUAUUGCUGAGAAAUCUACGCUUGGUGUGGUGUAUGAGCGGGGAUUAAUUGGCAUAUAUCAUGAUUGGUGUGAAGCUUUCUCCACAUACCCAAGGACAUACGACCUCAUCCAUGCUAAUGGUGUUUUCAGCCUUUACAAGAAUAAAUGCAAAAUGGAAGACAUCCUGUUGGAGAUGGAUCGAAUCCUGCGACCAGAAGGUGCAGUGAUAUUGAGAGACUCGGUCGACGUUCUCAUAAAGGUUAAGAAGCUCGCCGCUGGCAUGAGAUGGAAUAUGAAAAUGGCUGAUCAUGAGGACGGUCCUUUUGUGACCGAGAAGGUAUUAUAUGUGGUGAAGCAAUAUUGGGUUGGCGGCACAAACAAAACUGCUGAAGGAUGAAGGAAACUUUUUGGCUAAUCAUUUGAAGAAGCAGUUGCACAUUUUUAACCCCACGCGAGGCAUGGAGCUUAUUUUUGGUCAGAAAUUUGGGUUAUUUUGGCGGUUUUUUUGUUCU